CUUUCACCUGUCAGCAUGUCCGGCGUAAUCAUAUUUCAUUGUUUUCCAUUUUUCCGAAAGCAUGUGUGUCACUUAACAGCAAACAUAACAUAGAUUGUUAUAUGCACACGUCCAUCCCGAAGUCCGUAAUCCAUAAACCGUGAACGUUACUCAUACAACCGAUCCAAUGAUGUCCAGGAAAGGCAAUCAACCCAACCCGUCAUCAAUCCGUCCAUCAUCGACCAUACCGGACUGCAAUCAGAAGAGGCGAAGUGACAUGACAGCUCCUCCUCCAAACCCAAAGCCAGAGAAAAGGCGCAUCCUGGAGAUGCAUGCAGUUUUCCUGGGGCACGACACUCGCGGCGACAAUAAGAUAUCCAUCCGGCACCUGGGCCACUGUCUGCGAGCGAUGGGCGCCACGCCCACGGAGGCGAUGGUCAGCAAACAUGUCCGCCAGUACGAGGCCUCCACCAUGCAGCGCAUUAGCUUCGAUGAGGUCAUGGGCAUCUACUGCAGUCUUGGCAAGCACGGCGGCAUGUCGUCUCCCAAGAGAAAGCAGAUCGAGGCGGAACAGUUCGUAUCCAGUCUAAAGCUCUUCGAUACGGAUAACUCCGGUUGGAUACCCGCCAUCAGACUCCGGCGCAUUCUAACCAAGACCGGGGAGCGCAUGGGCAGCAUGGAAGUGGACGAGCUGCUGCAGGGCAGGAUCAACAAAGAGGGCUUGGUCGACUACAAGCAGCUAGUUCAAGACAUUAUCUAUGGGUAACUUGGGGAAAUCGAAAGGAAAGGAGAGUCAUUCAGAGGAGCUGGAAAUGGAAGAAUAGCCCGGAAAACAAAAUAGUUUUAGACAGGUGAAAAAUGUGUUUCAAAUAAAUAUUUGUUUAAAAA